AUGAAGGAGGAGGUUAACGUCAAGUGGCUGGAUUACAUCUACGAUGCUCCAGUGCUAUUACGCCAUAUGUGGAGCCGGAUGUUCACAGUUGGAGGUUUGAUGCAAAUGUUCAGGCUUCGUCUUGUCAUGUGCACAGUUGGUGCAGUUUUCUACCUGAUCUCUCCUCUGGAUGUCAUCCCUGAAUCUGUGUUUGGUCUUUUGGGCAUUGUUGAUGAUAUCUUUGUUGCCUUCCUUUUUGCCAUCUAUAUCAGUGUUGUUUAUAGACGUUACAUCGCUCAAGGGAUAACUUGGGACAAUGCCUCGAAGCCAGCAGCGGAAGAUAGAAAGCCGACCGUGGAAAGGCUAUGA